GUAAAAACAAAAAUCAGCCAACAAAUGUGUGAAAAGUGCGCGUAAUUCUGUGAAAAGUUUAUUUUGAGUUUAAAAACUAAGUGUUUCUACAAUUAAACUUAGCUUGUGCAAUAACCAACAAUUAAUAUAAGCUUUUAUGUGAAUAAAUACCAAUUUUUACCAAAAAUAUUUUAAUUUGUGAUUAUAUUUUAUAUAUAUUCUAAAUACAUACGCAAAAGAUUACGGGUCGCUCAAGGAUUCCAGGAAGAUAAUUAAAUGCGCGUUAGAUUUGGUGAAAACCCCAAGAUGCAGCUGCGCCUCAACUAGAUGACCCGAAGCGGAUUAACAGGUAUCAUUCCAUUUACCUGUGCCUCCUUUAAAAGGCACUGCUCUGCGGCAAGCGAUCACAGUUACAAACUGAAACGUCUAACGUGAACAACGUGGAAAUCUUUAUCGAAACCUCUCGAAAUAUGGUGUUAAGCAAUUCAACGCCCAACAAUAAUCACAAGCAGCACGAGCUUGUCGUGGAUACGGCGGCCAUGAAUAGCGCCGAUCUGACUGAAUUGAUUCAACUGAAUGCCGAGAUUGAGGAGCGUCGCUCCCGGCAUGCCCAUUGUGGCGAUGUGAGUGAUGCAAGUGGUUUGCUGCGUGCAACGAUGACGCGUGAGGAACUGUUCGAGGUCUCCUCGGUGGACGAUGAUCGUUUCCUCUCGGCUCUGGAGCAUCAAAACUCGUAUGGGACACCCUCACGUGUUCCCAUCACUGAUCUGGACUUGUCCAGCAUCGAGAAUCUGAUGAAAUACUUUGAUGAGGAGGUGCCAGUAACGCCUAAAAAAGAGGCGACCGCAACGCUCGCCUCGUGCAGCGGCAAAGUGGCCAGUGUCAUUGCCAAGUUGGCCAGUGAACCGGUGGCUGCUGUGCCCAAGCCAAGGGUGAUGGAUAGUUGUAAAAUGAAAAUCAGCGAACUGAAGCAGAAGUACGAACAGCAAUCGGAGCAGCAGCUGGCAACUCCGCAGGCUGUGCGGGGAACUGGAGCUGGAAGAACAAGCUCUAUGCUGCCCAUGAAGGUCAAGGAGAUGGCACAGCUCUUCAAUUCGAAGUUUAAUCAGGUGCUGCGACGCAACGAGGUCUCGCAAUACGCGACGCUGCAAAAUGAGCUCUCCAUCUCGCUAUCGCCGGAGCCCAAGGCACAGUCACAGCCACAGCCUCAGCUCAGGCAAGUGGCAGCGAAGACAAGGGAAACAGUACAAGGAACUUGCCUGAUCGCCGAGGAUGUGUUCCGUGAGUUGAGCGUGAAGGAUAAGGUGUUGCUGUUCAAUCAAUUUGUCAGCGACAUUGCCGCCAAGCAUCCCAAAUUCAAUGAGCAUGCCGACGACCUAAAGGCACAAGCCAAGAAGCAAAUAGCUCGCGGCGAAGUGAUAGCCGAGCAACAGGCCAGUGUCCGACAUUUGGCACAAGAGCUGGAGGCGAAGUGUGCAUUGCACGACACCCCGCCAAAGCGUUUAACACCAGCCGGCAAGUGCAACUCCUCGUCGUCAACGCCUUCGACGCCCUCGCUUCAUGUAAGCACUCUGACUGUGGUCAUUAAGCCCAGUCCGGAGCGACGUCUCGUUCCGCUGCCGGGCCAGAAGAGAGCACAACGUGAGCAGCUCGCUUGCAGUUCGCAGAAGCGCAAUCUCUCGGCCAUACGCAGUGUGCUGCCCACCGAGGCUUAUGCUCCGCCCAAGAAGAUACGACGCACACGUCAGGAGCGUGUUGGCAACGAUAGUCAUCCGUUUUUUCAAAACGAGCCGCUCGAGAGCCUCUUCUACACCUGGCUAAGCACUGAGAAUGGCGUGCUCUUUGACAUCACUAGUGUGUCGGACAAGGAGCAGACCAUCGAGAUUGCCAACAGCUGUGAUGAGAUGCCCGCCCAGGGCACCGUUACCUCUAUUGGUGAUUUGAGCCAAAAGUCGGCUGUCGAACGUCUGCUUGAGGAGGCCAUUGCGAAGUUGGAACUGGAGAACAAGACCAAGGAGUCGAGCUAUGUGGAUGAAAGGGAUAAGGAUGUCGAUACAGCAGCGAUAGCAAUAGCAACCGCAACAACACCAACUACGCCAGCUACACCAGCAACACCAAGCACACCAACUACACCAGCGGCUGCCACGCCCACGCCACGUAAAAUGAAACGUCAGGCGCCACCAGUGCCAGCUCCGCGGCCCAGUCUUGUCAACCAGCCGCAGACCGGUGACUGCAUCUCUUCGAGCAGCUCGUCGAGUCGCAAGCAAUCCGAUGCUGAGGAAAGUGAAUCCGGAUUGUCUACAUUACCCAAGAUAACCAGCGAUGAAUCUCAGCCGGAAAUGACUCCAACGCCGCCCGCCGCAGAUGAGUUUGACUUUGCCAAGCCCGUGCGACCUCCGCGCAAAAAGAAAAUGCGUCGCACUUUGACUUGGAAGAAGGAGAAUUCCAUAGUGGAAGCUACGGCCAAUGCAGUGACCAGCACCGACUCCGAUUCCGACUACAAGCCAGCAGCAAUGCAGUCCAAGAAAAAGCCAACAAAUGCAACAAUUCCAGCAACCGCUUCACAUACCUUGCCACUGCCCGAGCAGAGUUACAUUGAGCUGGACAAGUCGCUGAUGCGUCACGUGAACUCGCCGCGAAAGAUCAAGUCAGCUUACACCUUGACCGUAAUGUCGUCCCCAUCGCCCAACGCCGACAGCGAUCAGUCGCCAACGCAGACACCACGUCAGUCGCUGGAGCAACAGCAGCGGCAGAUGCGCGACAGUUUCAUAGAUCAGGGCUUCGAGACAUGCUCCAACGAUGCCAGCCCGUUGCGUCGUUCCUCGCUGGGCAUGGCCAAUGCCAAGCCAUCGGGCUUCUCCACGCCGGUGAAGGGCGGCAACAAAGGUUCGAGUGCUGCACAGCAACAGCUGUUCAGUCCCAUUGGGCAGCUGGAUAGAUCGCGUCGCAGUUCGUUGGCCAUGCAGGUGAUCCGUGAGGAUCAUCCAUUGGAUUUGGCGGCCGCCUCGGAUACCCCAACAACACCCACUUGUAGCGAGCGCGAAUUUUUCGCCAAUGCACCGACGGUGGAGAUGAGCUCGUCCCAGCUGGAGAGUCUGUCGCCCACUAAAUCCCCAUCGAAGUUUUGGAUCACCGCUGGCGACUUUACCGUCUCUCUGGAUGUGGCACACAAUACGCCCGAUCGCUUGCGUCUCCUCUACGAGAUCUUUACGCAAAAGAGUUGGGAGACCCGAGAACUAACCUUUGGCAUCGAUGGACACAAAUUCAGCAGAUCAUCAACAGCCGGCGUGCAGCAGGAAGCCAAGUCGCUGCCCGAGCGACCGCCUAGUGUGAAGGGAUUCUCGCAUUAUUGGUUUGCCAGUGGCGAUCUGGCAGUGCCCUUCAGUGGCAAGCACAUCUCCAGCGAAAAGAUCGAGCGCCUAUUCCAAUUUCUGGACAGCGAACUGAGCACGAAUGCUGAGCUUGAGCUACGCUUUGGCGUCGAUCACUUUGAGUUUAGCAGCAUACCCGAGUUCUGGAACACAUCGCCCAAGUUCUCCAUCGAGAGCAACUACAGCAUGCUCGUCGGACUGCAGACUGGCAACAGCAAUGGACUGGAGGGCCGCAGCAAGUACGCCUGGCCCAACAAUCAUAGCCACAACUCAACCAAUGCGAUCAAGACCAGCGAUCUCGAUCAAACCGAAUUCGAGUCGGACAGUUUCAGCAACAAUAGCGUUCGACUCUCCUUCUCGCCGGACUUGUUUAGCCAAGACUAUGAGGCGGUUCCCCUAGAUGAACUAUUCGACAAAACGUUGCCUGUCGUCCGUUCGGCACCAACAAAUAUCACUACUGCCGCAACCAUGUCUAUGCCCCAAAUGCUGCGUACGCUGCAGCAACAGCAGAUUAAGCUCAAAAGUGUCGAACAGCGGAUUAAGAACUAUGAGCUUCCCACUAAACUCACCCAGGCCACAUUGAAACAGUGCCGCAGCAAACCAGAAUACGCUCAGAAGUUGCGAACCAUUGACAACAUCGCUCGCAGCAACGGAUUUCGUGCCUGCUCUAUGGAGGAACUCGAGAACUUUAUGCAAUUUCUUAUCGAGUAUGCGGACGUCUGUCUGGGCAGUUGCAGUGAGCACAUCAACAAGAUAAUCGAUUCUCUUCUGGACCAGCGCGCCGUCGCCGUUUAAAUUUAAGCAUCUCACAUAACAAAGCAUGCCACUAAUUUUUUUUGUAAUUAUCUAUAUGUAUCUAGGCACUAACAUUUAAUGUUACACACUUUUAUUUCUAAUAAACUUUAUGUAAAAA